AUGGCGUUGAUCUCAAUAAGAGGACUGAAGAUGCCUCUGACUGGACUGGGCUUGACGCGCCUGCUUCUUUUUGCCAGCCACGACACUUUGAAAUGGCUCCUUCAACAGGGCGCCGACAUCAAUUAUUUAGAAUCACUUGAAAUCUUGGGGAGGAUGAAGUCCUCACCAUUCUAUAAGCCACAGACCUACAAGGACACAUGUUUCCUGCAGGGUCUAUGCGCAAAAUUUGAUGACAAGAGCGCAGACUGCCUCAGUGCGAUUGAUUAUGCCGGUAACAGGGAAUCGCUUGGAACUUGUCCAGACGCCACGGGCAUCAAAGCAGCCCUAUCGCGUCACUUCAUUCACUCUAGAGAGCCUGAUGGGCUGUUGUUCCUCGCCUUGGAACAUUGCCUUGCUAGUGAAUUGUUCAAGCUCACAGAAAAUUACCCAUUCUUUCCAAUUGCGGUUCGAUCGAAAACCUUUCAGCCGGCAGCUGCCUCUAAAGGGAAAGUCGUUGGCCAGGCAGACCUCACUUCAUCUGUCAUGCCAAGGUUACUGAUAAAAACUCGGCCGCAAUACGCCAAGACGAAAGUUGGCUACAACUUCCGCAUCUGUCUAUCCUCCGAUGCUGUGAACAAGAACACAACACCAACAGGAAUUGGCCUUCAUGGGUUCCUGACUGGACGGUCGCCCAGAACAGGCCAUUUGGAUUCCGCGGGACAUAUAGAGCCGGAUAUCCUCAAGGUGGUUAGAAUCGAGUGUGCAACCCUGAGCGCUUUGAGAUACGCCUCCUCUACAUCCGAGAGAUUCGGGGUGUUGUGGAGCUAG